GAUAUGUCAAGACGAUGAAGAAAAAUGCGAAAAUAAAAUUGUAAAAAACAAAGAGUGUUGCGGCUACUCAUGGUGGUGGAAAAUUUAAAAAGUGAAUUAAAUUAUCAUUCGAAUUUCAGAAAUUGGCAUCCAAGCUGUAGACGAAGUCUUCAAUACUCAUGGUCCAACCCACUGGUGAUGAUAUAGAAACUACGUGAAUGUUCAACAUAUAUAAAUCCACUGGAAGCAUCUCCACCGUACAGAAUCGAACCAAAGUUGUCGCCACAUCUCCAAUUAUUCGUAAGAUGGCCGGCAUAGCAUUGUCAGUGAUUGUUGAGAAACUUAACGAAUUCGCUCCAGAGAAUCUUGCAGAAAAGUGGGACAACGUAGGGUUAUUGAUUGAACCAUUUACUAAGAGGAACGUUAACAAAAUUCUGCUUACCAAUGAUCUCACCGAAAACGUUAUGAGCGAAGCCAUGGCAAGAGGAUCUGACAUGAUCAUUUCCUACCAUCCUCCAAUAUUUGCUCCACUCAAGCGAAUCACUCAAAAAUCAUGGAAGGAGCGUAUUGUAUCGAUUUGUCUGGAGAACAAAAUCGCUCUGUACUCUCCGCACACCAGCUGGGACAGUGUCACCAACGGUGUGAAUGAUUGGUUGGCAUCCGCCUUGCCGUUGGCAAGUGCUCAGCCCGUUCUAGAGAACCUAUCAAAUCCAUCGAUAGGUGCUGGGAGACUUUGUGUCAUUCAAGGCGAGCUAACGCUCGGUGCAGCCAUCGAUAGAAUCAAAGCGUACACGAAGUUGAAAGACUUGAAGGUAGCCGUUGCGGUCAAUAGAAACCUGGAGUCGCCGAUACGAACGUUUGCUGUAUGUGCUGGAUCGGGCACCAGCGUACUAAAGGGAGUCAAGGCUGAUUUGUACAUUACAGGGGAAAUGUUUCACCACGAUGUGCUGGAUGCGAACCAUCAGAAUAUUCACGUGAUUUUGCUGAACCACAGUAAUUCGGAGCGAGGCUAUCUACCGAUAUUCCGAGAAAUCCUGCGUAACAUGUUGAAGGACUAUCAAGUCAUUCAGAUCGACGUCUCUGAACAAGACGCUGAUCCCCUUCAGACCUAUUGAUUUCCGGUUUACCACUGGUAACACACGCAGCAAGACCCUGGCCAAUUGCAACAGCAGCAGCAUCAGCACCAGCAGCUGCAGUCGCAAUUGGCCAGCGGUAGUGGCGCCAUUGCCAGUGGCAACCAUCCCAUCCAACAGUCGGUCAACGCUGCACGACAGGCCCCUGCCAAGCAGAAGAGAGUCGUUUGUAGCAACAAGAAGCGAAAAACUAAAUAAUCUAAUACGGUUUCGUCGUAGGCGGAACGAUAAAUAAAGUUGCCCUGAGUCUACCAGGUAAAUGCGAUUCUGUA